UAACAAUUUUUUCUUGAUAACGAAAACUGCUCCUAAAUAGUCGUAUUCCCAUUUAUCAAAAGGACAAAGUGCUUUUAUUCUCUAUCGUAGUUUGGAUGAGGUGAGGCUUUGAGGUCAUCAACAUUAUUUUUUAGUCGUUUUGACCAACAGAACACGUAUUUAUUAGCCUGAUUACCGCCAAUCGCCUCUCCAAGAAACACAUCAAGGGAAUUGUCAUCAUAUUAUAACCCAAUAUCAGUGUUUAUUAAACUCGUUAUAAAAUAAUGUGGUGGUCAAAAGAUAGUCCAAAACAUUUACCUGCUUCUACUGGGCCCUUUUUGCCUGGUUGCACUGAUGUGAUGCUAGAUUAUGAUGAAAAUGGUUUAUUGAUGAGAUUGUAUUACCCGAUUAACGAUCAAGAGAAACAACAAAGUAACAAAUGGAUACCUUGGUUGCAAGAUUAUCACUAUCGGGAUGGCAUGGCAAAAGUCUUGAAGUUCCCCAAUAUAUUUCUGAAAGCUGGAUUUUGGUGGUCUGAUAACGUCCACAUUCCCGUCCAAUAUGGACAAAUUCCGAAAAUCCCAAACAAUAAAUUGAAAUGUGUCAUAGUGAGUCAUGGAAUGGGAGGUUCUAAAUUUUUUUAUUCGAAAAUGUGUUAUGAUCUGGCAUCCUACGGAUACUUAGUUAUAUGUCCCGAACAUAGAGAUAAGUCUGCAUCUUAUACAUAUUUCUAUAAAAGUAAAGAAGAUGCUCAAAAGGAUAACAGAACGACUGUUCAAUUCGAACAUUAUCCAUUCGGAGAUAAACAUUAUCAGAAGCGUCGUGAACAGAUGCAAAUUAGAUCUAAAGAAUGUGCCAAAUUAAUAGACUUUCUAAAGAAUCUCAAUGAAGGGAUCAUUCCUCACAACGUGUUAGAAGACGUGAAAUCAUACGAGAAAACACCUUUCAAAUUGGAUGAUCUCGUGGGAAAUAUUGAUGUCCACGAUUUUACCAUCGUUGGGCACUCGUUUGGUGGAGCUUCGGCCUUACAAGUGACGUCAGAAAGAGAAGAUAUAGGACGUUGCAUUCUACUAGAUCCAUGGAUGUAUCCAAUAAAGAAUGAGAAUUUGGAUUCAAUAAUAAAAGUUCCAAUACUUUUCGUCAAUACACAAACUUUCCAUAUUGGAGCAAAUGUUAAAAUGAUGGAAAAGUUUCUGUCUAAUGAAAACAGUAAAAUGUAUACAUUGAGGGGAACCACUCAUGAAAAUCAGGCUGAUACCGUUCUGAUAUUCGGCAGCUGGUUGAAUUUGUUCAUUCGUAAAAUUGAACCGAAAUUGGGUUUCCAGAUCAACGAUUCAUUGAUCCUCGAAUUCCUGCAUGAUCGCUUGAAUUUGUCGAGCGAUAUCGAAGAGAUCAGAACUUUUUUGAGAGAGAACAAGGACUGGUUUGAGGAAGGCCUAACAAAGCCAUGGGCAUGAGGUCCAGUUAUAUAUUGCAAUCAUAUUUAUACGUAUUUUUGAAUUGACUUAUGAAAAAUAUAGGUGAAAGUUUAUGAAGAA